CUGCGAGUGCAUUCUUGGACUUCCUUGUGAGCAUCCCGGGUCUGGACAGGACCCUCUCCUUCCCAUCUGUCUGUACCACCCAGCCCAACCAUGGCACUGAAAGGCCGAGCCCUCUAUGACUUUCACAGUGAGAACAAGGAGGAAAUCAGCAUCCAGCAGGAUGAGGACCUGGUCAUCUUCAGCGAGAUCUCACUGGAUGGCUGGCUGCAGGGCCAGAACAGCCGUGGGGAGACAGGGCUCUUUCCUGCCUCUUACGUGGAGAUCGUCCGUUCUGGCAUCAGCACCAACCAUGCUGACUACUCCAGCAGCCCUGCAGGCUCUCCGGGGGCCCACGUGAGCUUGUACAAUAGCCCCAGUGUGGCCAACCCAGCUAGGAGUGGUGGGGGCAGUGGCUUCCUCUCAAACCAGGGUAGCUUCGAGGAGGAUGAUGAUGAUGAUUGGGAUGACUGGGACGAUGGAUGCACAGUGGUGGAGGAGCCACGGGCUGGUGGGCUGGGCACCAAUGGGCACCCUCCCCUCAACCUCUCCUACCCUGGUGCCUACCCCAGCCAGCACAUGGCCUUCCGGCCCAAGCCACCACUGGAGCGGCAGGACAGCCUGGCAUCUGCCAAGCGAGGCAGUGUGGUGGGCCGUAACCUCAACCGUUUCUCAUGCUUUGUGCGUUCUGGAGUGGAGGCCUUCAUCCUGGGUGAUGUGCCCAUGAUGGCCAAGAUCGCUGAGACAUACUCCAUUGAAAUGGGCCCUCGUGGCCCCCAGUGGAAGGCCAACCCCCACCCAUUUGCCUGCUCUGUGGAGGACCCCACAAAACAGACCAAGUUCAAGGGCAUCAAAAGCUACAUCUCCUACAAGCUCACACCCACCCAUGCUGCCUCACCUGUCUACCGGCGCUACAAACACUUUGACUGGCUCUAUAACCGCCUGCUACACAAGUUCACUGUCAUCUCAGUGCCCCACCUGCCUGAGAAGCAGGCCACAGGCCGCUUCGAGGAGGACUUCAUUGAAAAGCGGAAGCGGAGACUCAUCCUCUGGAUGGACCACAUGACCAGCCACCCUGUGCUCUCCCAGUACGAAGGCUUCCAGCAUUUCCUUAGCUGCCUAGAUGACAAGCAGUGGAAGAUGGGCAAACGCCGGGCGGAGAAGGAUGAGAUGGUGGGUGCCAGCUUCCUGCUCACCUUCCAGAUCCCCACCGAGCACCAGGACCUGCAGGACGUGGAAGAUCGCGUGGACACUUUCAAGGCCUUCAGUAAGAAGAUGGACGACAGUGUCCUGCAGCUCAGCACCGUGGCGUCAGAGCUGGUGCGUAAACACGUGGGGGGCUUCCGCAAGGAAUUCCAGAAGCUGGGCAGUGCCUUCCAGGCCAUCAGUCAUUCCUUCCAGAUGGACCCCCCUUUUUGCUCUGAGGCCCUCAACAGUGCCAUUUCUCACACGGGCCGUACCUAUGAAGCCAUCGGGGAGAUGUUUGCUGAGCAGCCCAAGAAUGACCUCUUCCAGAUGCUGGACACACUGUCUCUCUACCAGGGCCUGCUCUCUAACUUCCCUGACAUCAUCCACCUACAGAAAGGCGCCUUCGCCAAAGUGAAGGAGAGCCAACGCAUGAGUGACGAGGGCCGCAUGGCGCAGGACGAGGCAGAUGGCAUUCGCAGGCGCUGCCGCGUGGUGGGUUUCGCCCUGCAGGCCGAGAUGAACCACUUCCACCAGCGCCGUGAGCUCGACUUCAAGCACAUGAUGCAGAACUACCUGCGCCAGCAGAUCCUCUUCUACCAGCGGGUGGGCCAGCAGCUGGAGAAGACCCUGCGCAUGUAUGACAACCUCUGACCACGUGUGCCUAGGCCCCCUUCUUCCCCCGGGCCUGGUCACUGCAGUGUACCCCACUUUCCCAACCUCCCUAUACCAGCAGUGGCUGGGGGAGGGGUCAGCAGUUGGGGAGAGAAGCGGCCUGUCCUGCCUCCUGGGAGAAGGAGCUUUCAAGGAGUCAUGAGUACCCCUGGGAAAUUCCCCACUCCUUAGAAGUGGGGCACAGCAGGGGUGAGAAUGGAGCCAAGAGCCCUCGAGGCCAAGGCCUGGGCUGCCGGUUAGUCAGUGAAGGUCAGGCCAGGGUCUCAGCCUCCCCUAGAGCCUAUUUUGCUUGCUCACCUGGCCACUGCUGCCUUAUCCAUUCAGCAGACACCGAGGCCUGCUGCACCCCUGGGUCGGACACUGGGCACCCAGGGCUGUAACUUGCCUGCUCUUCAGGAGUCCUCAGUGAAGGUCGGGGUUAGACAUAGACAAAGUCAAUGCAGUGUGACUGAUGGUUAAGUGAGGGAUUUCUGGAAGCUCAUAGAAGGGGCCACAGCAUUCCACUGGUCAGGGAAGACUCCAUGGAGUAGGCAACAUUCGGACAGUGUUUUAAAGGAUGACAAGGGCCUGCCAGACAGUACAUGGGGAGAAGGACUUUCAGGGGAGAGGAACAGCAUGGGCAAAGUUAUGGAGACAUGCAAACAUCUCCCUCUUCUCUCCCUUACUUUCCAAGCAAGUUAGGUGCGCUUUCCUUGGGGAUUCUGGCCUGUGUGGUAGGAAGGGAUCUCCCUUGCUCCCAUGUUGCUGACUGUCCUUGCAUCACCCUGUCCCCUGCAGGAGGGGGCUACAGGCCAUCUCCCUCCUGUAGGCCUCUGACUACCCUCCACUUUUGGGCCCCCAGCUUCUCUCAGGUAGGAGACCAUUGCAGCAUCCUUCCCUCCUUGGGUUCAAGGUGCUGAGGUAUAAGCCCUGGGCCCCAGAUCCCUGGUGACACCUUCCUGGAGAAGACUCUCGAAAGCGACUGUAUAUUUGAGUUCACCAGCAAUAACUCCCCACACUCGAAGCAGGUCCAAACCCAGGAUCCCAGGGUCCUUGGGCUCCUUGGCACUGUCUUCCCCAGAUCCCUCCUGUUGCACAAUGGGAAACCUAAGAGGAAAAAGAC